AUGACUUCAACAAAGCAAAUCAGCAGCAGGUGCCCUCGUUUUACUACGAAUACUCCUCCCAAUCAAGACGAGCGAGCUGUGGAUCUCGGACAUGCCACAAAUGAGGAAUCGCUCUCACAACAGAGAGCUACAUUAUCGAAACCGGCGAUACGAAAAGCAGAGUCUCCCGAGGCAUUUCCGAACAACUUUCCUCCGAUGGAACCUUCCCACUGCGCCAAGCUCUAUGUGCCAUCGAAGGAAUUUGAUAGCUCCAUCCUAACUCAUUUUUCGGAUGUUUCGGUACACGGACGCAGUAUCAACGUUGUUCCCGAAGAUUUCCCCUCUUUAAGCCGAGUGAAGAGCCCCGAUUCCAAUAUCGAGUUUGUUAACAAUGGAAGGCCUACAAGUCUUUCAACUAAAGCGCAAAGCAAAGAAAUGCAGUCCAGGACAGAUAGUACUAUUAGAAGUUCUUCCAACAAAAACAUUUCUCUAAAGUUGGCUCCGGAAAAGCGCUACGCUCUACAGGAAGCAGGACGCUCACUCGAUGCGUUCGGGGAUCGCUCUCGCGAUAACAGUGGGACAUCGUCUGCAACCUUCAUUCGCACUAACAGACGGAUCGCAAGAAAUGAAUCUAACAUUUCCCCCCCGCAUAGAAGUUUGGACGGUGGGGAAUUCGAAAUUGAAGUCUACCACAGACCUGCUAUGAAGCGACUAGAAGAGCACAACGAAGACGUCGCCAAUUUCCAGCGCUGCUCUGACAGAAUCGUGCAAGAUUCUCAUAGCCAAACCAAUGCUAUGAAAUUACUCAUACCAGCAUGUCCAAAGACAUGGCAAUCUGCCAGCUCUCCAUCGGAUAGGCUAUUGCGGCAUGAUGACGCUGCCAGCCUAGGAGGUCACGAUUGCUUCGCCGUUUUGGGCCAAGGACGUGAAAUAAUGGAUCGUGCCUUGGAAUUGAGCCUUAACGAUUCAGUAGGAUUAAGUGGCCACACCGAAGACGAUCCCUCCCAGUUUAAUGAAGGGGAACCAAUGGAUCGUCUUUCCGAAAUAGAUCAAGACAAACGCCGUUUCGGUCUGAAUAGAGACCGUAGCCAACAGGAUGCUUCCUCGAGAACAUCGCACACAGCUGGAACGAUGGCUAGUCGUAGCCAUGUUUCUGUUCACCAGAUGGAUGCAGACAGCGAUACAGAAGAUCAAGACGAUUUGUCUCCGCGAAGUGGGCGAGUGUCGAGAGGACGGUGGCUGCCACAGCACACUCGUUGGGAAGAGCGGAAAGAUGAAGAACCAGAAACGUCCGACCACAUUCCUCAGAUUGCAACGAGAGACAUCGACUGGAGGCCGCGCAGUAUCGAUUCUCCAAGCUUCAUUUCAUCAUCUUAUCAUAGCCGUGCAAAGGGUAGCUCAAAUGGCAAAUGCCCCUUAGAGCAAACUCAUGCUCAGAGAACGAACAACCAUAGCCGAAACACAAACAGCAGCCGUACAGACGGACGGCCGAGUCGUUACAUAGAGUUUCAAAAAGAGAUUGGAUGGUCAUCCCAUUCUCGCUCUUCAUCGCGGCAUUCCAAAAAAGAUGACGCUCCACGAAAGCCUCGGCAUGCGACGAGUAGAUCUCCCACAAAGGAUAUCGAAUGGGCUCCACGUAACGUCGAUAUUCCUCCUUCCGAAAGCCGCAGUAGCCGUCGGACUCGCUGCUUCUCUCCGAUUGAUAGACGCGAAAUUAACUGGUUGCCUAAAGGUAUAUCCCUCGUGACCCCUAUCUCAGAUAGAGAAAAAAAAUUGAGAAUGAGUUGUGGCGGCGACUUUUCGCCAAUCAAGCCCGCUCGUCACUGGCAGCAGAUCACGAAAGAGCAGGCAACGCUCGAGUCCAGCAAUUAG